AUGAUGGCAAGAGCUGGCACUUCGGGGAAACACCCCAACAACAUAGAGCGAGAUAUCAUGAGACAUUUGGGGCUGCCACUCCCGAUUCAUUGGAUCACUGUGCCGGUGUUGUCAGCGAGAGACCGAAAGACUCGGUCGGAGCUGCGGCUUCCCUACUUGAUGCCCCACGAGCUGGUGCACUACCUUCAUGAGACGCAGCAAGUGCAGAUCAUGCAGGAGUCGGUGAAUGAGUUCUGGGCACAUGCUGCCCAGCACACCGAUUGGGCUGCCCAUCAUGAGGGCUUCGGGACUAUGCCGCUGGGCGGCCUCCAGAUGCGAUACCCGCUGAUGAAUCUUCGCGAAUUCAUCUGCCUGGGCCCAGAGACACUCAACCCCGUCAUGGAGGUGCUGUCAUGGAGUUUCGGCCAACUUGCAGCCGGAGGGCGACACUACCUCAUCGAGAUGCGGGGGGACUGGAAGUGGCAGAAAGCCUUCUUCUGCCUCAAGCCGCAUUCGCAGGCGACGAUGACAUCUGGGAUGUUGGGGUUCGAGGGAGGGGCUUACCCCUCAUUGAACCUCAAAGCUUGGAAUUCUCGGCUUUUUGUGGUCUUCUUCGAGGUCGUGUUGAAGGAGCUCGUUGCAAGGGACACGGCUGCAGGCAACGAGCUCUUAUGCAAAGAGCUCAAACUGGCAUCUGCUGCCACGACGGCGAUGUGUGCCUUUCUGGCUGGCAUGGAGGCAUCGCCGCGAUACAUGAGCGAUGAGCAGUGCCGCUACUUGCAUGAAUCCAUGCAAUCUUUUCUGGAACUCUACGAGGUGCUCAUCGCUACAUCGCUUGCUCGGGGUACAGCCCGCUGGAAGGCGGUGCCGAAACACCAUUUGGCUUGGCAUUUGGUCGAAGAGAUGGACCGGUCGCACUACAACGUGCGAUUUUACCAUAGCUUUCUUGACGAGGACUAUAUUGGCCAAUGGAAACUUCUAGCACAAUCAGUGCCACGUGAUCUUCUCGAGUACAGAUGCUUGACGCGAUAUUUACUUCGUCUGGGCACGAAGGGCGGGAUCUAA